UCAACUGUACACACGUCGAUCGCAAACCCUUCGCACUCCUGGCGAACAAAACUCGAUGCGGUGACAGCUUCCAAAGGCACUGGCAUUCGUCGACGUUACAAAAAAAGCGAGAAAAUCACCAAGUAUUUGUGACAAUGUCUAGGAGAAAUGGCCAUCGAUAUUGUUGGCGAACGAGAGACAUGUUACUUUUGGUGUUGUUCCACGCGUGCUGCUUCCAGUUGAAAACUGGUCACUGUGCACUCCGAGAUUUGUCAAUCAUUGGCAAGCAGGCAUCACAAAGUACGAGUCAUAAUUCUGGGAUAUUCCCUGCAAGCGCUGCUGUCGACAAUGACAACCAAACGUUCUCACAUACCGCUAAUGCAGGCGACAUCCAUCCUUGGUGGAGGGUGGAUCUCGGCGCUGAAUACUGCAUAGGAGAAAUCAACGUCAUAACUCGACAAGGAUGCUGUGGCCAGCAUCGCUUCACCGCUGCCGUGGCGAGAGCGGGGCUGAGUUCAAACUACGCCAGGAACCAACCGUGCAGCUCUCCGGUCCCAAGAGCCCAAGCCACAGAUGGAGCCACGAUUACCUUCCCAUGUGCACCGGCUCGGAUGGCUCGAUACGUCACCUUGGACAUAGACUCGUCCCGCCAAGAAGUGACAUACGCACUUCUGCAGUUGGCUGAGGUUAUGGUGCGAGAACACGUAAACGACCUCACUACGGCUCAGCCUUUUGGUAAAUCUCUCAGUCGCAUGACCAACACCUUCUUCAAACUGCAUAAGGGAGCCCUGAUCGCAAACUCCCUUCCCCUGGCGACCAAUGUGGCCGUUUCUCUGACGAGGUGUGCCCGGUACUGCUCCAAAGAUGUCCGCUGUUUCUCCUUCGACUUUGCGCCAGGAGACGGUCAGUGUCGAAUCCACAGCCUCAACACAUUCGACAUAGCGAUGACUCCAAGCGAGAAUUUCUCAGUUUGGGUACGUUCAGACGAGGUGGUGCAAAAUAUUUGAGCUUAGAGAUUUUGAAGCUUCAUUGGACUCGCGUGUGGAAUAGACCCAAGUGUGUUAUCAUGCAUAGUAAAUUAAACCUUCGGAAAAAACAAAAAUUGAGUGUAAUGAUUUCGUUACCAGGUUGGAAGACGUGUCUGAUUAAAGUUUGUUUUAAGAAAACUACACAUCGUUUGAGUAUUUUAAUGGGCGAGUGACCAUCAUCUUGAAUUGUAGGAAUGUUCUUAAAUACGCCAAAAUGAAGCAAAAGAUGGCUUUGCAAGUUAUACACAGACGGAGGGCGCCCUCUCCGGCCAUUCUGUGAUUUUUCUGUUUCGUAACAUGCAACAUGGCGGCGUCCUUGUACGUUCUUCGCGGGUUAAUGUUUGGAUUGGACUGAAUUCUUUUUUGUUUAAAAAGGACAUUCAUAUUUUUGUAAUGAAAAUUGAUAUUAAUAGUAAUUGUCUCCGGCUUUGUAAGCCAUCUCGCUAUAUUUCCGGCUUUAUCUAAAAAUCAAAAUCUCACUAUUGUACUUCUGCAAAACCACAACGAGGAGGUGGUGUGUGAUCCUGUUCCGGAAACAAUGUUCUUUGGUUGUGUUCCUGUCGCUCGAGCGCGAGAACAGUGUCAAGAACAGGCCUCCCGAACUCGACUUUUAGGAUUUAUAAGUGACGGCGAUUUAUCGAGUCAAAACCAUCAUUAGUUUCAUGGUUCCCGAUAGGAUGCUGUAUAACGUUUGAAAUUAUGCACUUAAAUGGCUUGGUGUGCAUCUUAGUUCACGUCGAUACAAUUUUCAUACACUAGCCUACAUUCACGUGACCGUGUCUCAACCGACCAGGAUUAAGAAUAAGCAAGAGAUGUGUCAGUUUUAAUGUUGCCAAAGCCCAAGAAUUAUGUACGAGAUAAUAAUAAUGAUAAAUAAUAACGCACCGUUUCCAUAAAAAUGAUCAACGGCGCAUUAAUAAAGGUACAACUUAAGGAAAUAAAUGGAUAUUUAAGUAAUGAAUGAAUGAGAUAGGUCACCCACACUCUUGUUAUGGUUAUUUUGAGUAUAUUAGUAAUAUGCAUCACAAUGAAAAUAAGCUGUGGAAGGAAAUCCAUUAGAUUACUGACAACGGUACCAAUAGUGUUCACCAGCUCUUCACUGGUGGUAAGGUAACCCAGUGUAAUAUCCCGGCUACCGAAGGACCUAAUGCCAAGUUUAUGGAAAGUAACGUUGUUCUCUAUACCCUCUUGAACUUCACCUUUUAACCCGGCUACUUUUGGGAAU